UCUGCGGCUCAGAGGCUCGUUCCGAACGCGCUUGGACUACGAGUCCCAGGGUACCUCGCGGCAACCCGGAAAACGAAGUGGGUACCGAACGUGGCGGCCGGCAUGGAGGGCGAGGGAGCCGUCGAGGAGACCGCGAAGACCUUCCAAGAACUGGGAGUGACCGAUGUGCUGUGUGAAGUCUGUGAUCAGUUGGGAUGGAAGACACCGACAAAGAUCCAAGUCGAGGCCGUUCCAGUUGCACUCCAAGGCCGUGACAUCAUUGGCUUAGCAGAGACUGGAUCUGGGAAAACGGGGGCUUUUGCAUUGCCCAUCCUUCAGGCACUGCUAGAGACACCUCAGCGCUUCUUUGCUUUGGUCCUUACCCCGACCCGGGAGUUAGCCUUUCAGAUCUCGGAGCAGUUUGAGGCCCUCGGAUCUUCCAUUGGUGUCCAGAGUGCUGUUAUUGUGGGAGGAAUUGACAUGAUGGCGCAGUCUCUGGCCCUAGCCAAGAAACCACAUGUAAUAAUUGCUACACCUGGCCGCCUUAUUGACCACCUUGAGAACACAAAGGGCUUCAAUUUGAGAGCUCUGAAGUAUUUAGUUAUGGAUGAAGCUGACCGGAUCCUCAACAUGGACUUUGAGACAGAGGUAGACAAGAUCCUGAAAGUCAUUCCCAGAGACAGGAAAACAUUUCUCUUUUCUGCUACCAUGACUAAAAAGGUGCAAAAACUCCAGCGUGCAGCCCUUAAGGACCCUGUCAAAUGUGCUGUUUCAACUAAGUACCAGACAGUUGAAAAACUGCAGCAAUACUAUGUCUUCAUCCCUUCCAAGUUCAAGGACAGCUACCUGGUCUAUAUUCUGAAUGAACUUGCUGGAAACUCAUUCAUGAUAUUCUGCAGCACCUGCAACAACACUCAGAGGACAGCCCUCCUCCUUAGAAAUCUGGGCUUCACUGCCAUCCCCCUCCACGGUCAGAUGAGCCAGAAUAAGCGAUUAGGGUCGCUGAACAAGUUCAAGGCUAAAACACGUUCCAUUCUGCUGGCUACCGAUGUUGCCAGCAGAGGCCUGGACAUCCCCCAUGUGGAUGUUGUCGUGAACUUUGACAUUCCUACCCAUUCCAAGGAUUACAUUCAUCGUGUGGGGAGAACAGCUCGCGCUGGGCGCUCUGGAAAAUCCAUCACGUUUGUCACACAGUACGAUGUGGAGCUCUUCCAGCGCAUCGAGCACCUGAUAGGAAAGAAGCUGCCUGCCUUCCCCACGCAAGAGGAGGAGGUCAUGAUGCUGACCGAACGUGUGGCUGAAGCACAGCGAUUUGCUCGGAUGGAGUUGCGGCAGCAGGGGGAAAAGAAGAAGCGUUCCCGAGAAGAGGAAAAGGAAGAGGAUGACACCGAGGGAGCAAUGGGGGUCAGGAACAAAGUGGCUGGUGGGAAAAGGAAGAAAUGGAAAGCCUGAGAACGGAAGACACCCAGAACUAUUUUUCCACGUUUUUAAGCUGCUUGGCUUUCUGAGUCACCAGUAUCGGACUUGACCUUUCAGCAUAUCCCAGAGAGCAAAAGGUUUCCUGAUCCACUAGCACCUUUUGUAAACUUCUGUAAUCCAGAAGCAAUUCUCCUGCAAGCCUGGGAAACCUCUUUUAAUGCUAUGGGGAGGCCUGUUACUUCUGCUGCCAGCAGUUGUUCCUUUCUACCAGCAGGCCACAGUGGAUUCCCUAAGCUACAUGAAAUGGAUAUAUGGCAGAACCUUUUCAAGCUGCUACUAUCAAAGUCAAUGGAGAGACAUUUGCACCCCUAGUUUUAUAAGAAAAUUAUAAAAUAAAAACAAAGUAAUAAAAAGUGCAUGCUGUGCUGGUUCCAAGACGUGCAGGCAAAGAAGCUUGCAUCUUAAAGUUACUUAUGUAAUCACAGCUUUGUGCAGGUGUUUGUGGGCAAAUAAAUAAGUGAGAGCAGCAGAAACCUGCUCUCCAUUUAUUUAUUUCCCACCCACAUGCACAAAGUGGACUUACUCGGCUUAGGGAAGGCAGUGCUAGGGCUCUGGCAGCAUCCCAGAGUCCCUGUGUUACUUUCUCAAAGCUGGGUAAGUGAGGUGCUAGGCUUUGGGAAGAAGGCACAAGAGCUCUGGCUGGGUCCUAGAGCCCUUGAGUCUCCUUUCCCAAGCUGGCCAAACACUUGCAAGACUUAGAGGAGGAGGAGGGAGGGCUCUAGGACCCUGCCAGAGCCUCACACUGCCUUCUCAAAUUUGGGUAAGCGGCUUUACACCUUGUGGGGUGGGGCAGUUCCAGGGGUUCCUGUUAUAUUUGCAUAUACACGCAGACCCCCAGAACCAAAGAUGCAAGUUACCUGUAUUUGUGAUAGCAUCUGUCAGUUGUGAAUGCAUUUAUGUCCAAUGCUGCCUAGUAACCCAGACCAGUGUUAUGUAGAAAAGACUGAUCCCCCAAAUAGGGGAAAGUCUGGCAGAUGGUUGGCUGUUUGCCUGUGAGUCCAGAAUGCUGUUGAAGUGGGUUUUUCUUUCCUCAUUAUCUCAGCCCUGAGGCCAUUCUGCCUGAACGCUAAAGCUGAGAGGCAGUGUUGAUUUAGUCGAGGUAUUUGGCAAGGUAGAUUGUCUUGCUGAGAUCCUGCCUGUCUGCAGUGUGAGGUUGGUGGAAUGAGAGAGCUUUAAUUAAAGUCCUUCCAUCCUCUUGCCCUUUAGCUGUCUCUCUUUCAUUGUGGCUCUUUCACAGUCUGUGAACGUUAAAGGUGACAUUGCUCAAGCAGAUCCGUCCAGUCAGGGGACUGGUUGAUUAUCUGGUGCUUCUAAGUUGUUUCUAUUUUGAACACACCCUGUUUUUAGAAUAGAGCUGUGAGCAGUAGUAGGACUCUGUUCUACUUGCUACUUACCAGGCAUCUUUGAUUUUCAGUCAUGCAUUCUGACAGCCCUAACCUGAAGAGACCAGUUUUUGUCUUUGGUACAUGUGCAAUGCCUGUUUGUCAUCAUGGGUGGAAAUGUGAGUGUGCAGGGUGGGGUGGGGGGACUCAUAUAUAGCAAGGAUCUUUGUUUGUGUGUGUGUGUUUGUGAACACCUGUGCAGCAGCCCAGUAGAAAACACUUCUCUCUAGGAAUGGAUGACAGCUCUUCUCUGUAGGAGAAAAGAAAGUCAAGCACCUAAGAGGCAGAACUUGCCUUGCAGGGUUAAACCUGCCUCCUCCUUUUGCUGACCUCAGUAGCAGGAAUGAGAAGCAGGCUUUGCCUCUUCGCAGUUGUAUCCUAAAAUUGCAGUCUGUUGCAGAGAGCCUGCCCCAACCGCGUUCCUAUAGGUUUUGUAGGAGCAAGUCAGCUAUCUGCAUGAUCUGUUGCAGCCACACUGUCAUUUUGAGUACAACACCCGCUUAUUGUGGGGAAGGAAGGGAGCCCUUUUGGGGUCACAUUUAGAUAUUGUAGCUAGGAAAAUUUUAAACUUGAAAGCAAGCCUUUCAGAUACUUUUCAGAACUGGCCAGUGUGGCGUUCCACACAUUUCCCUCCCUCAACUGCUAUUUGUGUAUUCGUGUGAUAAAUCUCAGUUAACCAGUGAUAGGUAAGGGACAUGCCCAUUUUCACCAACAGUCCUUCCCAAAGUAGACCUGCUGAAAUCAAUAGACCUAGAACCAUAGGCUCAUCUAGUGCAACCUCCUGCGAUUCUGGAAUCUUUUUGCCCAGCGUGGGGUUCAAACCCACAACCCUAAGAUUAAAGAGUCUCCUGCUA